GUAUCGGUUGAUAUCGGUAUCGGUUGAUACCAAUAAUUUAGGCCUAAUUUGGACAACCAGGUAUGGUUAAAAAAUAAUAAAACAAAAUAAUUUAAAUAAAUUAAAAACAUUUUCUUGAAUAAAAAAAGAAAGUAAUACAAUAUAAAAACAGUUCCAUAGAAACUAGUAAUUAAUGAAAAUGAGUAAAAUUAACUGCUAAAGUGUGCUUACGGACUGUAUCCCUUGCAGACUGUAUUGAUAUAUUGAUAUAUAAUGUAGGAACCAGCAUAUUAAUAACAGAAAGAAACAACCCUUUUGUGUGAAUGUGUGUGAAUGAGUGGGGGAGGAAGGUUUUUUGGGUUGGUGCACUAAUUGUAAGUGUAUCUUGUGUUUGUUAUGUUGAUUUAAUAAAAAAAAUAAAAUAAAAAAUAAAAACGAUACCGAUAAUAAAAAAAACGAUACCGAUAAUUUCCGAUAUUACAUUUUUAAAGCAUUUAUCGGCCGAUAAUAUUAUCGGACAUAUCUGCAAAUAAUACAUCACAAGAAUCGGUUUGAAUAGAGAAUCGUGAAUCGAGAAUCCCUUCUGAAUUGAUUCGUCACCCCCAGGAAUCGGAAUCAAAUCCUUAUGUGGCGCAAGACUCACACCCCAACAAAAUUACUGUAAAUGUAUAUUUUUGUGUGAUUCAAUGCUACGAAGCCACUACUUAGAUUUACUGUAUUACAAAUAAUUUCCUUUCAAAUUAUUAUUAUUGCUAAUUAUAAUCUUGCUUUGGUUAGAAUACAUAUUUACUGUACUUGUGUUGUGAGGGACUACCUAUUGUCCACCUGCCAUGUGUCAAUCAACCAUGACGCUUUUAAACCAACUGCACGGACGACGCGCUGCCAUUGGUCAAAGUGAAGACCGAGGGGCGGGACAUAAGCAAAGCUCCCCUCUGAUUGGACGAGGGACGUGCGGCUGGUGGAAGUUCUGCAGGCAGGUUCUGAAAUGAAACAGUCUGCAAGUUGGAUGGGAAGCAGGAAGGAGGAUUCAAGAAGAGUCUCUCAGAGCUCUGACUGCCUGACUUGGAUAAAGUAACCGAUAAAAGGGUUCCUGCCACCUUCCUUAAAGUUGCUUAGUGCCAGUGAAAGCAAUACAGACCUCCUCAAGCCAUGACAGAGGUGUCAUUCAACUAAUUGAGACACGCACAGCCUCAAAGGGGCGGGGCCAUGUCUGGUGGCAACAGUGCUAACAACAGCUGGACCAUCGUCAGUCCUGAGGAGCCUAUUGCUGGAACCGUGAGGCCUCUGGAGGAUGUGACAAAGCAUCAUGAGCAAGGCGGUAGUCCAAGCAACCAGCCUGCAGAGGAUGCCGCAUCUUCAUGGGGUUUUACUGGGGUAGACCGCAAGGCAGCUGAUGAGAGAAAGGAAGACCUGAGUGGAGACUCUGAUCGUCCCUCCGCCAUGCCCUCAUCUGUCACUGAUGACCCCGUUCUCUCCCACCAUGCACUCGCUGACUCCACAAGUCACGUGACCCCCUCCUCUGAUGAGUCCCCGGGCUCUCCGCUUAGCACAGAGACUCUGGGAGGGGCUGAGCUCACAUCAGAAGGGAGGUUGACACAAGAGGGAGCAGAGUGUCUUUUACAGAAGGUGGAGGACCAACAGCAGGAAGGGGAGGACUCGCACUUGGCUCCAACGUGUGCUGAAAAACACACAGACUCACAGUGUUUGGAUGAAGAAAAAGCCGCGGAGUCCAAGGAGCAAGCAGACACCGAGGAGAAGAGGAGGACUCUCCUGGCAUCUCUGGAGCGCAUCGGGAGGAUAGAUGAGGAAGAGGAGGAAGGAGAGGAAGAAUUCCAGCUGCCACAACGGGAGGACGACAGUAUGUUCUCCCUGAACAGGUGCAUCCUGGGUGCGGUCAUCCUGGUCAGCCUGGGAACCAUUCUGUUCUCAGGUGUCUUCAUGGACUUGGAUGAUGACAGUGACUCCAUUACCAGGGAUUUUAGAGAUUCCGAGGAACCAGGAAAACAGGAGUGGCUUCAUCCAGAAGUUCCCUCAUCCCCAGUAGAUGCCGACAGCUCUGAGCUUCUGAGCAAAAUCGCCAAAGGAAACCAGCAGAUUUCUGUUCUGCAAGCCCAACUACAGGUGCAGAAAGAAGAGCUGAAAGCGGCGAAGGGUCAAGCGGCGAAGGGAGAAUCGCAGCGUCUGCGCUGGGAGGAGGAAAACAGCAGGUUGAAGUCAGAGAUGGCGUCCCUCCCUCUUCUUCAGGAGGAGAACGAGAGGAUGAAGCGAGAGCUGGAGACGCUGCCGACCCUUCAGAAAGAACUUGAGACCCUCAGGACCACUGUCACCGAGUGGAAACGCACAGUGCCCCCAAGUGGUCCUCUAGCAGACGCACAACAGGCGGCAUCUCCCAAACACGGGAAAGAACAGAGAGAGACGUUUCAGAAGAAGGAUAAACACGACCGGGGCGAGAAAAAAGAGUGGAAGGAGAGCAAAAAGUCCGAAUGGAAAGAAGGUGAGAGACAUGAGCGCAAGGAGGCAAAAAGUGUGAUACGUGAGCAAGACAAGGUGAAGAAAGGGGAAGGACGGCCUGAGAGAAAGAAUGAGGAGAAAGAGUGGAAGAAGGAGAAAGUAAGCCGAGGAGACGAGGGCAAGAUGUGGAAGGAGAAAGGUGAGAAGACGGAGAGGAAGGAAUGGAAGGAGGACAAAGAGUGGAAGAAGGACAAGCAUGAGAAGAAGACGAAGGAGUGGAGAGGAGGAAAAGAUGAAGGAGAGACUCACAAGAUGAAGGACAAGUGGAACGGGGGGAAGAAAGUGAAGGAUGGCUCUGAGGAACAUGGCAAGGAAAAAUGGGAGAGAAGCGAGAAGAAGAAGAAGAAGGAUGGGACCUGGAUGAAUAAAGACCCGAAAGAGGAGAGGAAACAUUGUGAGGAUUCCAAAAAACAAGAAAGAGAGAAGGAUGAGUGGAAGAAUCAGAACAGGAAAGGUGAUCCGCAUUCCAUGAAGGCAAUGAAAAAAGGGAGGAGGAAAGAGGACAGUGGAGAGCGGAGAGAAGAUCCCACACAUGGAGAUGUGCACACAGUCACUGGUUACCACCGUCAGCACCAGAAGGAGCACCUGUGGACAUCACCGCUCCUCCAUCAGGACCAAGCAGACUACUGGACCCAGCAGAGGAACCGCCUCCACAGGAAGCCCAAAGCCCCCGAGCACUGCCCCUCCCUGGAGGCCUGCGCCCAGGCGGAGGGCCUGCGCCCCGUCCCCUUCGCCCAGUUCCAGACCCUCCUCCAGGCCUACCUGGCCAAGGCGGAGCAGGCCGGCGUGGACUCCUCCCAGAGAGACGCCCUCCAGAAGCUCGCCGGCGAGUUCUUCCGGGACGGCGUGUUCGUGCACGAGCGGGCCAACUUCCGCCGCUUCGUCAAGGACGUGGCCGACAUUCUGGAAGACAUGGUGGAAGAGGACGACGAGGACGGCGAGGACAGCGCGCUGGAGGACGAGAUGGAGGCGUUCGGAAGGGAAGCGGUGGAGAGGUUCCUAGCGGCGGGGGGGGAGACACAUAAAGGCGAUGGGAAGAAGGGAAGCGGGCGAGCGAGCGGCUGAUAGAGAAAGUUCUAAGACGGAACAUUGGAACAUUUCAUUUCAUUUAGUGCCCACGUUUUGAUUGCAUAGCCAGGCAAAUGUCCCGCAUAUCAAGAAGGAACGUACUGUACUGUACUGUGCAGCCACUUUAUUAUUGACAUCAUUCUAUUGGUUUCCAUGGUGAUGUUUCAGUGGCGGGAAAUAGUGCUUUUUCUUUUUUUAUUAAGUAAGAAGUCUGUUGGAUUCCUUUAGGAAUAUUUGUACAUACUUGCAUUCAAUACUUAAGUUAAACACAAAACGUAACCUUUUUUUUUUUGUUGCUCAUUUUGGCAUUUCAUAGGAAGGCACAUAAAAUACUUUUAUAAGCUUGUUUGUAGCGUUUCAGUUACAUAACCCUGCACUAAAGUGUUCUCAAGUUUGUGUGUUAAUAUUGAACAUAUUGACAAAUGCACUUGUUUAUUGUUUACUUUUGCUUAUUUUCAGCAUAGAAACUUUCGUUCUCUUAGAAUGUUGAUAUUGUCACUUGUGUUGUUGCCAUGGCAGCGGUUUAAUAAAGUUGGGCACCCUA